UAUUUCUACUAUCUUCCUGUACUCCAUUCUCUCUCAUUCCUUCAACAGUGAAGCAAAUCUCUACAUGUUCUUUCUCUCUUUUCUUCCUUUUUAUCUCCUCUACAGCACCAGAAUUAUACAAGGAACUAAACAAAGGGAAGACACAAGGUAUCACUGUCUACCCCACGCUAUAUAUGUCCCCUCCAUUUCUGUGAUACAAGCGCCAGCUAAUUCCUCCAUACCCGGACAUUUUUUUCAGGAACCCAUUGCUUGGUUCUUUGUUCUUUUUUUUUUUGGAGGGGUUUCUGCAGCGUCCAUCUGGGCUUGGUGUACUUUUGUAUGACGAUUGAGCUGGCGAGGCAGAAGAGAAGAAAGGGGUCUAUGAACAGAAGAAGCCGGAAACUAAUGCUGAGUCCAGUUCAGAAUCUGUAUGAGACCUGCAGCGAAGUGUUUGCUGAUGGAAAGGCUGGCUUUGUUCCGCCCCCGAAGGAUAUCGAGCGGCUGAAAUCAGUUCUGGAUAACCUGAAACCGGAGAAUGUCGGCCUGUCAGCAGACAUGCCAUAUUUCAGGGCAACUGGAUCCGACGAAGUUCCUCCUCUAGUGACAUACCUACAUAUCUAUGAAUGUGAUAAAUUCUCGAUUGGGAUCUUCUGCUUGCCGCCAUCUGGUGUUAUUCCCCUUCAUAAUCAUCCAGGCAUGACUGUUUUCAGUAAGCUCCUCUUUGGGUCGAUGCACAUCAAAUCAUAUGAUUGGGUGGCCGAUGUUCCGUACAGCAAGAACCAGAAUACACACCAUGAGGACUUGGCAGCACUCCAGCAUGAACCCCGGUUAGCCAAGGUUCAUGCUGACUCUGAUCUGACUGCACCUUGCAAAACCUCAGUUCUCUAUCCAAAUGCAGGAGGCAACAUGCACUGCUUCACAGCAUUGACUCCAUGUGCCAUGUUAGAUGUGCUGGGUCCACCCUACUCCGAUGAUGAAGGCCGCCACUGUACAUACUACAAUGAUUUUCCUUAUGCCACAUUUUCAGGAGAUACGGGAUCAUUACAAGCAGAGGAGAUGGAAGGAUGUGGGUGGCUUAAAGAAAUGGAGAAACCCGAGAGCUUUGUCGUGGUUGGAGCAAUGUAUAGAGGCCCACAGUUUGUGGAGAAUUGACUUUACUUGCCUUCCCAGGCACCUUGUAAAUGGCUGCGGUCUUUUCUGUUGUGAUGGAACUUUACCCUCGCAUAGGCUCUAGUGUAGAUGCCCAACUAAAGCGAAAAGUGACAUCCAAAAUAGAUUGUAGGGAGCUUGUCAUCUUUAUGGUUCUUUUACGUAGAUUAUUACCUUGUUCUUUUGUUGCUGGCCCUUGUCGUUAAUAGAAGUUUGCAUAUCAAUCUCUCUUGUCCUGGUUUGAGAUGGGAGUUUGGUUGUUUAAUUGCUUUUUUCAACACCCCUGUUUUGGUCCCAUAAUGGGAUUUCAUUUUGGAGUAACAGAGCAAUACACUAGGCAAGCGCCAGCACAUGAACUAUUCAUUUCAUACUUUGUUGUUAAUA